AUUUCUAGAAAUGACCUUCAAGAUAUGCUGUCAAGUUGUCCCAGUCUUGAGUGGUUGAGUAUAGUUAGAUGUCAUCUUAACGAUGAACUAAAGAUUGACCGUCCAUUCACCUGCCUGAUAUACUUGCAAGUUGCGCACUGCCAAAUAACAAAGAUACAGAUACAUGCUGUGAAUCUUAAGACUUUUAUAUACAGGGGUAUGCAGCUUCCACUUGACCUUAGUCAUGCAAAAGAACUAGAAACUGUUAACGUUUCUUUUUUCGGUAUAAAUUUUGAGUAUGCUCUCACCGUGCUUCCGAACGCACUUCCCAGUGUACGAAAUUUGCAUAUGCAAGCUCGUCUUCUACUAAAGUCACCCUGGUUGCUGGAAAGCUCCUGCAAGUUUUUUGGGCUGAAGCAUUUGAAGUUGCUGAUGUUUCACCUUGAUGAUGAUAUGCACAAUAUUCUCUCAUUGGCUUCCUUUUUGAAGGCUGCCCCUCUCAUUGAAAUAUUGGAGAUUGAUUUCAAUAUCUUUGGCCUAAUAAAUGACUUGGAGACUGACUCUCUUAGGAGCCUUCCGAAUUGUCCAUAUAACUAUCUAAGGAACGUGUGCAUUACUGGAUUUCAAGGUGACAUAGGCCAACUGGAACUUGUUGUACAUAUUGUGCAAAAUGCGCCCGCAUUGGAGGUUUUGAUUAUAGACAGAACAACAAAAAGAGGUGCCCAUGUGAAUCAACACUCUGGAGAGUGGCCUGGUAUUGUUGUUAGAAGACACCUUGAUGGCAAACUGUUACCUACAACAAAACUUGAAAUUAUCUGAUAUCCCUUUUGUAGAGGGACAAAUGUAGGAUUUGAGUGCAGUGAGGCAGCUCGUGUCUAUACGCUGUAUAACUAAUUGU